UCAACCUCUAGCUCUAUACUAAACCACGCCCAUGUAUAAUCUGAGAAAAAUAAAGUUAAUCACUAUUAAUUUUGAUUUACACUGAUACAUGGUGCACUAUACUCCUUGGUAACCUUGGAAUGCCCAGCUACUCCGUUAUUUCUUGAAGAAUGGCUACCAAUCGUCCUAGUAAACUUGAGCUCGCACAGAAUGAUGGGGGAACCGAUAAGCCUACACUCACCAAGGGCGGCCCCCGCCCACAGUUCAGUGUAACUGCGGGUCCACUCUCACCCACUUCCAAUUCCACUGUCAAACCUGUUCGACUAUGUGUGUACACAAUGAAGAAGGAACUGAUGAAGGAGGGACUGAUCUGCUUGGACAGCAUGAAGUUCACCUCGGGUCGACUUACCACCGCCAAGCAGGUGCUGAACAGAGUACUAACACACCUGAAAAUUCCACGGACAGACUGGAAGGUGUAUGGACUGUGGCUCAAAUCUGAGAACUUACAGCUCCAGUUGAAAAGCUAUCAUCUUCCCUAUAAGUUGUUCAAGCGUUGGAAAGACCUCCUCUCACAGUACACCAACGCCACAUAUGAGAAUGUGUGCACAGAGGAGCCGUAUCUGUGUCUUCAACGCAAUACCUUCCUGUCACUGCAAGAAGAGAAGGACCUGUUGCAGCAAUUAGCACCUGACAAGACCACCAUUGACCUGCUCUAUCACGAGGCAGUGUACAAUGUGACCAAGAGUCCUUACCCAGUGCAGCCAGAGGAGCUUCACACUCUGGCUGGUCUCCAGGCUGCUGUUUUCAGAGUAGAGACUGGCAGCGAAGCAAUUCUAGACCUGACCAACUUUAGCAAGUUUUAUCCCACCUUCAUGAACGUAGACACACGCUCGCUCGUAAAUAAGAUAUUCUCCUCGAAACCAUCCACAGCACUCAGACGCAUACAGGAACAGUUCAGUCGCGAGUCUCGGUUAGCUUAUGACGAGUGUACGGAUGCCAACGAGUUGAAGCUGAAGUAUUUGAACAAGUGCUGGAAACAUUCAAUGUAUGGCUCUUUGUUGUUUAGAGGGCAGAUCAAGAAGACGCCUAAGGCUAUUCAUUAUCUGUACUACAGUGACAGACAAGUGUAUGUGGCCAUCAAUAAAGAGUCAGUGCAUAUUCUCGCAGCCUCGUCACCUCCUGAAGUCCUACUAUACGCGCCCAUUGAGCGACUCUGCUGGGAGUUCCAGCCAUGCAAUGAGGAGGGGGAGGACUUCUACAGCUCCCUCUGGCUUGAGUACGAGACAAUCCAAGGGGAAAGAAAGGUAUUUAAGCUUCUCCAAGUGUUCUCGAGACAGGCACCCAUGAUGGACGCCAUCCUGGGCCGCUGCUGGGAUCAUCUCGAUAAAAAGGAACAGGCGUCUCCUACGGCUACCAGGAUCCCCCACCAACAAGUGCACCAGCCUCGUGAGCAUAAGCUACACUGUGACGAGUUCUCUGAAGAUGGUGUAUGUCUGAAAAGCUCUGACACAAGUUUGACCAGACGAGGCAAGAAGGGGAGUGUCACCAGAGAUGACAGUCCAUUUAGGUCCAGAGAGGCGGAGCUAUCACUGGUGGAGCUAGGCAUGAAGAGAGUGGAUGUGGAUGACAAGGAGCCUCUGAGCGGGAUCACAACUGUUGUGUAGUUAUUAGUUCAAAUUUGUAUACUUCCACUCAAAAGUGACUGCUUUUCGCACAUGCUUAUGUUUUAAUGUUAAAGAACCAAUUAUACUGUCAGCUUCUUUUUAAUAUUGUUCUGUGCUUAUUUUAGCUGUAACAAACAUUGUUGAUAAUUAUAA